AUGGGACCUGGGGACGCGUGGCCGGGCACCAGCGGGGACCGCACCGAUCCCCCCCACGCCACACACACUGCGCAGCACAACCGGUGGCACCGGCCCCGGACCCACCCCCUCCCUGCGCUGAUUGGCCGCCACCCCCCGCCGCUCCUCAGCCGGGCACCGCCUCUUUCCCCGCCCCUUUCCGCGCCGCCGUUCACAACCGAACCUGCCUGCCGCGCCCCGCCCCCCUCCUCUCCCCGAGGCGCCGUCUCCUAUUGGCUGGAGGCGCUGUCAGUCAGGCGGUUGUGGGCGGGGCCUGCCCUACCCGCGCCCGGCCGGGGCUGGGCAGCCAAGUUGCGUUGCGCGGUGGCGCUGGUGGCUGAGGCGGCGGCUCCGGCUCCUCCGCCCCUCGGUGCCCCGGCCCCGCCGAGACCGGAGAUCUGUCUCUCUUCCAAGCCAGAGAGCACAUCUGCCUUGGUGCUGCAGGAGGGGUUGUCAGCCUCUGACCAGAAGGAAUCACCAGUGGGAUCCCCAGCAGCGCCAGCCGGUAGCCAAAACUGCUCCACUGCAGUAAGAAGGGCUGUGAAGAAAGGCAGCAGUAUUUCCACUCAUGUGAUGGCUCUGAUGCAAAAGGUCACUCACAUUUCCACUGGAGCUCCCCAAAUUCCCAGCUGCAGGCAGUGAGUAACCAUCCCCGAGUGGCUCAGCUCACCCCAACCCAGCUUCAGGAGACCUCGAGCUGUUAAUUAUUUCUGCAGCACGUAGUUAAAACU